AUGCUCGACAUUGCCGUCCUGUGCAGCGCGAGGAGAUCCAUCCUCGCCGGCCCUCUCGACAUCAGAGCUCGCAACUGCGCCAUUGCCAGCUACGGGUAUGCGGUCGCUGACUCGGACCACGUUUUACUGAUACAUCUGCUGCGAAUGUACACCCUCGUGCGAGACAGCUUCCUGCGGGAGGGGAAGCUUGAGGAGCUGGGGGCAUGGUGUCGCCGUUGCGGUCUAGACCGGGCCGCGUCGGAAGUGGCAGCGCAGGAAGUGACGAGACUCACGUCGUGGCUGGUCAAGCAUCCUGGCAUGGCGCUGCAGUAUACCCCGCAGAAUAGCUCAAAGCCGAUUCUCCUUGCGCUCGUUAAAGUCUUUUACACACAUCUGGCCAUCGGAUGUCCGCAAGCCUACUAUGGCCGCGACUCCAGAUGGGAAACGGUGCCCAACCGCGAGAUUGCGCGCAUUACACCAGCCAGCGCGGUCUACAGACUCGCGCCGCAGUGGGUACUCUACAAUUCCAUAAAGCACUGUCUCGGCUGGAGCGAAAUGCAUAUUGUGUCUACCGUGUAUCCGGAGUGGCUCCUUGAUCUGCCGUUCUUUCGCGGCCUCAAUGUCCUGGGAACAACACCUAACAUGUCAAGAGGAGGUUUUGCACAGCGCCAUGUUCGGGAUUCUCUGGCCGCGGCGGCGCAUAGACAGUGGCUCGCGGCGGAGAGACAGCGACUGAUGGAGGAGGAACGGCGGCGAGAUCGACGCCGACUCGCAGAGCAAGAGAGAGCGACUGAAAGCUACCAAGCGCGAUUGAUGGCGAUUGAUCGGUAUUGGGCUCGCUUUCGGCUCUCGUUUUAA